CCCCGCGGCCCCUCAUGCCGCCGCCGAGGGAGCCCCAGCGCGUCCCGGCGCCGCGGCGGCUCCGCGCCGCCCCGCGGUGAGGCUCGGACAGCCCGAGCUCGCAGGGGUGCUGGUGCCAGAAGAAAAGAAUGAUUGAUGGGAAACAGACACCAGCCUGUAGACACUCAUCCUUUUGCUUCGGAUACUGAUUUAUCAGUGUGUCUGGGCAUCCCCUGCGAGCCCUGAACACGGAGGAUCACUCAGGGUUAUCGACAGUGUAGCUGAAGACCUGCAACUUCACAAAUUAUUAUCUGCUAUUGGACAUCUUUUACAAGAAGCCUGACAGAUAAGUUAUAAGACAAAGGACAAGCGCUGUGUUGCUGUGAAAGGCUGUCAUCAGGGCCUGGGUGGCUUCUACCAAAGUCUUUAACAUUGUGAAAUAGACAUCCUAUCCUAAUGCUUCAUGUUUGAGUUGGAAUCUAUUUUAUAAAUAUAUACACGUGUAUGUACGUAUAAUCUAUAGACUGCACAUAAGCCAGCACUAAGCAUCCUUGCGACAGUGACAUAAAAGGAUUUAGAAAUGUAUUUGUCAAGAUUCCUGUCACUUCACGCCCUCUGGGUUACUGUGUCCUCCAUGAUGCAGCACUACCCUUCUGUGUGGGGACACUAUGACGUGUGUAAGACUCAGAUUUACACAGAAGAAGGAAAAGUGUGGGAUUAUAUGGCCUGCCAGCCAGAAGCCAGAGACAUGAUCAAAUAUGUAAAAGUGACUCUGGAUCCCCCAGACAUAACAUGUGGAGAUCCUCCUGAGACCUUCUGUGCAAUGGGGAAUCCCUACAUGUGCAAUAAUGAAUGUGAUGCGAGUACCCAAGAACUGGCUCAUCCUCCAGAACUGAUGUUUGAUCUUGAAGGAAGACAUCCCUCCACAUUUUGGCAGUCCACAACUUGGAAGGAUUAUCCAAAGCCUCUUCAUGUUAAUAUUACGCUCUCCUGGAACAAAACCAUUGAGCUCACAGAUAACAUAGUUAUCACUUUUGAAUCUGGCCGUCCAGACCAAAUGAUCCUGGAGAAAUCACUCGACUAUGGACGAACAUGGCAGCCCUACCAAUACUAUGCCACGGACUGCUUAGAUGCUUUUCACAUGGAUCCAAAAUCAGUGAGGGAUUUAUCACAGCACACAGUCCUAGAAAUCAUUUGCACAGAGGAAUAUUCUACUGGGUACAUGACAAAUAGUAAAAUAAUCCACUUUGAAAUUAAAGAUAGAUUUGCUUUUUUUGCUGGACCUCGGCUUCAUAACAUGGCUUCUCUCUAUGGCCAGCUUGACACAACCAAGAAGUUAAGAGAUUUCUUUACCAUCACGGAUCUGAGGAUAAGACUGCUUAGACCAGCAACGGGUGAAAUAUAUGUAGAUGAGCAACACCUGGCACGCUACUUUUAUGCAAUUUCUGACAUAAGGGUAUAUGGAAGGUGUAAGUGCAACCUUCAUGCUACUGGCUGUAAAGAAGAAAACAAAAGACUACUUUGUGAAUGUGAGCAUAAUACAACUGGCCCAGACUGUGGAAAAUGCAAGAAGAAUUAUCAGGGCCGACCAUGGAGCCCUGGUUCUUAUCUGCCUAUACCUAAGGGCACUGCUAAUAUCUGUAUACCCAGUAUUUCCAGUAUCGGUAAUCCUCCAAAGUUUGAUAGGAUAUGGCCGAAUAUUUCUUCCCUUGAGGUUUCUAAACCAAACCAAGUUGCUCCCAAAUUAGCUAUGUCAACUGUUUCUUCUGUUCAAGUUGCAAACCACAAGAGAGACUGUGAAUGCUUCGGGCACUCCAACCGGUGCAGUUACAUCGAGCUGCUCAAUACGGUCAUUUGCGUGAGCUGUAAGCACAACACUAGAGGUCAGCACUGUGAGUUAUGCAGGCUGGGCUACUUCAGAAAUGCUUCUGCAGAGCUGGACGAUGAAAAUGUGUGCAUAGACUGUUAUUGUAACCCUUUUGGUUCAGUCCAUGAUCGCUGUAAUGACAGAGGAUUUUGUGAGUGUAAGGAGGGAACAUCAGGGCCUAAAUGUGAUAAAUGUCUGCCGGGAUAUUUCUGGCACAGCUUGGGCUGUCAACCAAACGUAUGCGACAAUGAACUACUGCACUGCCAGAACGGAGGAACGUGCAUCAACAACGUGCGGUGCCAGUGCCCUCCGGCUUACACUGGCAUUCUGUGCGAGAAGUUGAAGUGUGAGAGGGAUCCAGGAGGCUGCAGCCAGAACUCAGGCCAGGGGGCAAUGGCACACAGGUCUCUGGUACUGCUGACCGCUCUGCUGGGAGCAGCAGGACUCUGCUCGUGGUAGGCUCCGUGUGCUGGGCGGCGUCACACUCAGACUGCUUGAAAUGAACGUGCCACAUGAAAACGGGAUAGCACCCGAGCGUUUGCUACCGAAAUCUAAAUAGGGAAAAAAAAAAAAAAAAAGAGAGAAAAAAUCACCACAUACAAACUAAGAAGGCCCAACUGAACUAAGCCAUAUCAAUCAGUUAUGGACAGGGCUCUGAGUCAAGACUGUUCACCUCUGACUCGAGACACGUUGGCAGCUGCCUGUUCUGUCAAACCAGUCAAUGCUGGCUGCAAAGCUGACACAGGACUGAAAUAGCUUGGACAGCCCCCAGAAUGGGAAGAGAAUUUAAACAACAUUUGCUACUCCUCUAUGGUGCGCUACUGUACCUCCGCCCGGUGUGUGGACCGACCAAAUAAAGGCAUUCUUUGCUGUCAGUGCAUUGUGGGUAUAAGGAAAUCUGUAAAAGCUGCCAUAUUGGCCUGCUUCAGUCCCCAAAUCCUUCCCAACCUGUGCUUUAGUGAACGUUGCUCUGUAACCCUUGUUGGUUGAAAGAUUUCUUUGUCUGAUGUUAGUGAUGCACAUGUGUAACAGCCCCCUCAAUAAAACUCGAGCCAGUCAUAUCCUUGUAUACCUUAGAAGCACUGCAUCAGUAAGAUGCUGUGCUCACCUACUGUACAAGAGUGGCUAUAGGACAAAAAGUGUAUUUAUCCUUUUGUAUUCAAAUGAAGUUAUUUUUCUUGAAAUAAUGUACAAUGUAGAUUUUUUGUAUUAUUGCCUAUUUGUGUUACCAGACAAUUUAUUAAUGUAUUUAAUUCUAAUCAGAUAAGAGAAAACUAUUACUUUUUAUUUCGUCCUUUUCUUUUUCCUUUCAUUUAAUUGUGCAGAGAUUUCUCUGUAUGGGCAACGUGCUGGCAUCAAAGAAUAUCAGUUUACAUAUAUAACAAGUGUAAUAAGAUUCCACCAAAGGACAUUAUAAAUGUUUUCUUGUUGCUUUAACACUGGAAGAUUUCAAAGAAUAAAAAUUCCUGCAUAAACAGUUCCAGGAUGACGUAUUGCUAUUUCUUAAGGCCUUUUUAGAAAACAAAAAACGAACAAAAUGUUUAUGAUUUUACCACCUAGUAUGUGGAAGAAACCCAGAUUCAAAAGUGGAAAUCACAUCAUAACAAUCUAACCUGGCUUUAUUGUUACUACUGUCAUACUCUUGCAAGCAACUUUAUAUGUAAAGGACAUAAUUUACUUGAGGAAGCUUUCAUCAAAUCCUAAGGUUGAAAAAGGUAUGAAAAGUUGAAUAGCUCUCAUCUUUGUUCCCUCAAUGAAUCACAGACAUUAUUCCAACACCAAAUUACAAGGUAGCAUAGAAGCUAGUCUUUAAUUCACUUUUAGCUAGUCUUUAAUUCGACUAUUUUUGUGGAUUAUGGCAGUAAUGAAGUGGGUAUAACUACAGCUCAUAUUGUUUCUCCAAAAGCUUCAUUAAAAUGAUAUGUUUAUAUAUGUACUAGUCUGCUUAAGAAACUGCAAAAACAGCAGCAAUCACAAAAAAGCAAAGAUUUAACUUUUAAUCAAGUAAAAUUCAAUAUUUAGAAGGAAUGUCAAAAUAUACAGCAGUGAGUAGGUAAAAAGUGCUGCUCCAGCAAAUAAAAUUUAUUUCAAGUAUUGCCCAGGGUGUAAUAAAUUCUUGUUUCUGCCUUUUAUUAGGCCAAUUACUGAGUGUGACAGAAAAGGAGAGCAAGAAUAGAGAGGAAAGCCAAAACCACAGCAGCGUUUCAAAGAGCCGGGGAAAAAAAUAAAAUCAAGAGGUAGCGAGACUGUGUGAAUUCAUUUCCUGGCAAUUUUCAUCAUAAUAUUUAUAAAUAUUUUACCAACAUAAUAGCCUAGUAAGGAAAACAAUAAAUGGUCAAAAGAAGAAAUCCUGAGAGAAAUCCAUUCUACCUGGGUGCCUCUUCCAAAUGGUGAACAGCCCGGGAUUGAGAACACUCCCUUCUCGGGUAACCUCUUUCUGCUGAGGAAACAAGUUUUGCAGGACAGUUCCCAGCCUCCAGAAGCGGGUAGGGAAACCAGGUCUUCCUUUCUAAAAAGAAAUAGGAUUCUAAAAGAAUCCUAUGAAGAGGCUGAUGUCAACAAGCUGGUGCUUCUUCAGGCUGUUGCCUUGACCCUUCAUCAUGUAGAAUGUUUGCUGUUCACUCUGCCACUCUCUUUUGUGGACUACAUAAGAGAAAGCACAGAUAAUUUAAGUGCCUGACUAGAUGCCAGUCGUGGCCUACAUGAGACUGCAGGUAUAUUUUAGAAGCAUGUUCUUGACAAUAAACAGAAAAUUAUAUUGAGCAUACUCAUCAGGAAUAUAAAUGCUAAUACAGGUGGCAUACAGAGUCAGAGAUUACCUAUAAUUAAGUGGAUUUUUGGUAUUAAAAUGUGGAAUUUAAGUUUUCUUAAAGCUUUUUAGCAGAGACCAAUUCAGGUUGUGUAAUUAUUGGAAAAGAUGCGUUUUAAUUGUCAUUAUAAACUCAAGGCUUUGUGAAAGUGCUAAGCAAGCAUGUUAUGCAUAUUUGGUUAGAAGGGAUUCUGCCAGCAGUGCUGAAGUAUAAUGAAUGUAAGGUCACAAUCAAUUCAGCUGCAUUCCAAUUUCAUAUACUUAUGAUCUUCUAAACCAGGGCAGAGUAUAUGGCUUUCCACAUAUUUACCUACUAUUUCAUGCAUUUUAUCCUCCCUCACCUAUUAAUAAAAUUACACUUUUAUACAGGAG